AUGGCUUCUAAUAUGUUUCAAUAGAAUGAUAUUAACUUCAAUAAGAAAGUCGAUGAAUUUAACAAUCUCUAUAAAUAAUAUUCCAUGACUUAGAGUAAACAACUUACAUUAGAGAAAAUGAAACUUACUCAUGUUUAAGCUGAAUAAUAAGUAAUUGAAAUAAUCAAUCACUACUAUAGUUCAAAUUUAUGGAAAUUGAAUACAGUUCCUUUAAUGAGUAGAAUAAACAGGAAUUUGCAUAAAAAUUUAGAUAAAAUAAGAUGCUUUAUACAGAAUGCUAAAAGAAAUUAAGAGAUCUAUAAUCAGAUAUUGAUAAGCAACCAUAAUCAAACCUUAACACUGUUGUCAAAAAAACAUAGCCAUCUUAGAUUAGUGGAUUAAAUUCUGAUUUACACUCAUAAAUUAAGUAAUUAAAUCAUCUGGAUUCACGAUUACUUGAAGCAGAAGACACUUAAAUAAGCAUUCUANUCAAUUUUAGAGUAGAGCUCAUUUAUCUUUUUAGAUGA